UUAACCUUUGCCCAAACCUAACUUCUCUUGAUAUUAACCGAUGUUCAGCACUAAAAGAUUCAACGUUAGCACAUAUAGCAAGUAUUUUAGGUUCUCAUCUCACCACCUUAAUCGUAUCUCAGUGUCCACAAUUCACAGAAAGGGGGUUCAUUGCGUUAGCACGUUCUUGUAAAGCACUUACUUCUUUGGACUUUUCUUUUACUGAUAUAACUGACAAAGCACUUUCUGAGAUCGCAGUUACAUGUCCAACAAUACGGUGGAUAAAUUUAAGAAACUGUGAUGGAGUGACCGAACUAAGCUUAGACGAACUAAAAAAAUGGUGCAAAGAAUUAAAUUUUUUUGAUUUAGAGGGAUAUUAUGGGAUUUUGAGUGAAGUUGACAAUGAAAUUUGGAUAAUGAAAAGUGAUGAAGCCGACGAACUUGGCAACCAUGUUUUUUAUAAGGUGUUGGGUAAAGAAAAAUAA